CGUAAAUGGCGAAAAAUCAAUAAACGGACACGACGGACACGGCAAUAACAGCAUCAAUCGCAGCGGAAGAAAAAUAAAGGCAAAAUGUCCUUUCACACACACAAAUGCUUAUUUACAUAUAUGCAUAUGCAACAUAUACAUACACAUGUAAAUAUUUGGCAAGUGCAAGUGGACUGUUCGUUCACUUCAUUUUAGCGACAGUUGGCAUGCAGUUAAAAUGUAUUAAAGGCACAUAGAGACAUUGGGCGUGUUAGGGCUUUAAAAUAAAUAUUAAAUAAGUGCAAAUGUAUUUAAUAACUAACAUAUAUAAGUCGAUUAAUACAAAAUUUCUAAAAUUUGUGCAGAGUAUGCAAUUUUGAAUGAAGUGUUGCUAUAAAAUAUAAAAAAUAUUGCUUAACGCUUGCAUAUCUCUUAGUAUAUAUUAAGAAUAUCCAAUUUCAUAAUUAAUGAAUAAUUUAAAACUGUUCUAAAUACCAUAAGAGUUGUGAUUUAAACGUAUCCUUAAUUAAAACGAUAAUGGUUAGCAAGAGUGCAGUAAGCGGCGAGGAACGCCCCGUUUUUAUUCCACCUCGAAAGCGGCAGACAUCAAAAAAAGUGAAUGGCGCACAAAACUACGUGGAUCACAUAGUUAAUGUUCAGAAUCGACAAAAACUAUCACCAUCCAAUCCGGCACUUGAUGAGGACCUACUGAAAACAUCAUUAAUAUUGAAAAACAAACAACCACUGCCACAAAUACCAGGCUCACAAUGCAAUGGAGACACUGCCGACGACCGGUCGACACAUAAGUCCUCACAAUCUGUGGAUAAUAUUUAUGAAGAUGACAAUGAGUUGCAAAAUUUCGAAAGCGUAUCACAAGGCACAAAAUCGACAAAUCGUCAUGAAAGCACCACAGUUACACCGAGCAGUUAUUCAGAGAGUAGCUUGGAUGCAAAAUCACACGAUUGUCUUAGUAAUCGUUCAUCGUCCAAGAAACGUGUCAAUAUACGUACCGAUCCAUCACAUAUACGUAGUCAACGUGAAUCGCCGGAAAUAGCCAACUAUGAAGAUUUAGAAUCCGGUGAAACCAGUGUUUUGAAUAUCGAUAUGCACAGUUUGGAGCGGUACAACACGAGGAGGUCAAUGGACAGCAAUUAUCUAACUAUGACAGGCACAAUUAAACGCGGUCGCAAAAAGGGUCAGAGCGUUGAUCUACAAAUCAAUAUUAGUCGUGAAGAAUUGGAGCAGAUCAAUGCAGUUGCAGCAGCUACACAAGUGAAUAAAAAACAGAAUUUAUGUUGCACCUGCGCACCGAAAACCGGCGUACAUAUCCUAAUGCUAUCGCUAAUAUGUCUUCCAUUCGUGACUAUAAUCUCGAGCAUUUAUUCAUUUUAUAUCGGCACAUUAACUUGGUACAAUAUGUUUAAUUACUUUAAUGAAGAGAAAUCGUGUAUAUAUAAAUUCUUUAUGUCGCCCAUAUUAAUACUCGCCUAUCCGGUGGGCAUACUCGUUUGCACCGUGGGUCUGGGCCUCUACUCGGGUAUUGCACAAUUGAGUCUACAACUAAAUAGUUGGUUAAAUGAGAUAGCCGACAUUGAGAAGGGCUUCUACGGUUGGCUAUGCUCUUUUCUACAUCUCUCCGAUUGUAGUCCAUACGAGGUUGUCAUACUUAUGGAUAUACAACCAGCACAUGACGUACCACGUGUACAUGUGAAUACCUCUACGGAAGAGCUAUCACUCUAAGCACUCGAAGAUUGCAACAAGGUGAAUAUAGGUGUAUUAACAACUCAAUAGUGAACACAAACCGUCGAAAGGAUAGUGAUAUAAGUUACUUAAUUAUUGUAGAAGCAAAUCGUGAAAUGCAACUAUAGUAAUUUUGUAGAAACGUAAUUUUUUGUGGCUAGCUAGCGAAGGAUGUGAUUCCGCGUUUUAUCAGGUGAUAAUGAGAAUAUAUAUUUUGAAAAUAUACUAAUAUAUAAUAAGAGACUUAAUAUGCUAUCUGUUUGGUAUAAUUUGCAUAAUAUUGUACAAUAUAUAAUAUAUCCGCUUUUAUAUACAGGCGUAAAACAAACCAGCUCAUCUAUUUCAUAAUUAAUUUUAACUAUACACAUGAGAUUUGGAAGAAUGCACCAUUCACAAAAAUAUAAAAUGCAUCAAAGAAAAUAAACUAGGUUAAGAAAGAGCUGAUUUUAAAUGAUUAUAAAAUUUGUAUACUCUCAUACUUUACUGGAUCCCAAAUUCUUAUAGAAAGCUGUCAAGUUUCCAUUUUUUUAUUAAUUUAAUAUACUAUGUAUUUAAAUUCUCCUUAAAAUACAACACUGUAAAUAUGGCCAUUUAGGUUAAGUUUCCAUAUUAAUUACAACAAAGGACCGCACAUUUUUUAAAAGAAAUGGGGUCUGCUUAAAUAUUCAGGUUAGUAAAGGGAUUUUCAAUAAGAACGCAUAAAUCGGCCGAUGCUGCUGCAAUUUCACGUUCGAUAUUCGUACGAAGGUUAUCAAUCGGUUGUUGGCAUAGAUCAUAGACUUGACGUAGCCCCACAGGAAAUAGUCUAACGCACGACCGAGGCGGCCAAUUUACUGGGAACACGUUCACCAAACUUGGUUUUCAAUAAAGCGAUUGUAACAUUCGCUGUGUGGCUUGUAGCGUGGUCCUGUUGGAAUAACAUAUUGUCCAAGUCCAUAUCAUCCAAUUCCGGCCAAAAAUAUUCGGUUAUCAUUGAGCGGUGGCGAUUCCCAUUCACAGCAACGUGCCGGUCUUGAUCAGCACGGAAGAAGUGACUCAUGGAGUACGUGUGGAUUGUUGCCUGACCAAUAAUGCAUUUUUUGUUUAUUGACGAAGCCAGAAAUGAGACCCAUCGCUGAAGAUGAUUUUUCAUUGAAAAUCCGAUUAAUUUUCUAGUUGUUGCUCAGCCCCAUUCACAAACAUACGACGAUUCUGGUGGUCAAGCGGCUGCAGUACUUGCCCAACGCUUGAGAACGGCGUGUGAGCGACUGAUAUGGUCUUCAUCAAUUGAUGCGCUAGCGGCAGCAAUAUUCUCGACACUACAGGCACGUCUUUAUCUCAUUGGCACGGACGUAUUUUGUACUGUGCCUGUGGAUUCAAAUUUAUCCAUUAGACGCUAAAUUUUUGAUCUGACUGGACGAUUAUGACGACCAUAAAUUGGACGUAGCGCUCUUAAAUUAGUAAAUUUUAAUAAUUUCGCCUCGUUGUUGGAUCGUUUAACUUUCCAUUAUGAAAUGGCAAACCUUACUGAAGAGAAAUGUCAAAAUAUGGCGUCGUUUGCUGUCCCUAUCGGUCUACUUUUAUAGCCUCCCUUUUGAAACACCCUUUAAAUACGGAUAUUAGAACCAUUACUUUGAAAUUAUAUGAAAACAUGAUUCCAUGGUUACACAACCCAUUGGUUGAUGACUCACUUUCUGUCUAGAUCCUAUAUCAAAGGAAUUUACAGCUAACAUAUAUUUCUUGCUCACAAGUAAAAUUAAUUUUUACCGGAAAAUUAUUAAUUUAUGCAUCGUAACUGUGAUGAUUGUCCCAUCAUUUCUAAGAAUUCCUCCCAUUUUAAAUGGGAUAACUCGGGUAUUCUACUUUUAGUAUCUUAGAAAAAAAGUUACAUACAUAUGUUAUAUAUAGUGACAGAUUGGAAAUGUACGGAUAUAAUGGUGUUUUUAAAAUAAGUUUGCUAGUUUGCAAACAGAGGCCGGCUCCCAAGCUUAACUAUACCGUACUAAAUGCUAAACACAAAUAAUUAAAUUAAGAUUAAAAAAUUAUCAUUAGCGCUUACAAGAAUUUAAUAAAUUUUUACUAAAACGUCCGGUUAUAAAACUGAAUUGCUUUACAUGAAAUCCUACGUGCUGUUAUUUUGCGUCUAUUAAUUUGAUAUUCAAAUAUUUUGAGCGAAGUUUAAUUAGUUUAAGAUUCAUUUAUUGUGCAAUAUUCAUUUGCAAUAUAAGUAUUCUAAUGCGAUAUCGGUACAAAUCGAAAAAUUAAAGAAAUAAGUGGAUGAAAUAAAAAUAAAAAUGUAAAAAAUUAAUUAAACUAAUGAAGCGAAAUAUUAUCAGCUACUUGAUGAACUUAAAGUGCAUUUCGAACAUAUUCCUUUUUUCACGUAGUGCAGCUACAUAUAUACUACAUGUACUUAAUAGUAUUACAUUCAAUUAUAAUAAAAACAUGCAUUUGUAUAUACAAGUACACAUACGAGUAAAAAGCAUUUAUUUAUUUUGCGCAAAAUAACUCAAGUCAUUGCAACUUAAAUAUAGAUUUAAGUGUAAUAAAGAUAAUUUGAACGCGUAUACAAAUUAAGUAUGGGAAAACUAAAUAAUUAUGUGAUAAAAAAUUAAUUACAAUUUGCUGCUUUGACAAACAAAAAUUAUACAAUUGCAAUUUGAAUAAAAAAUUAUAAUAGUUUAUAAACCCCGACGACUGUGCUGCAUUUAUUGUUCGAGAAAUCUAUGAUUAUACAAAAUACCUAUUGUAAUUAUUGAAUUUGUCAGUAAUUGUACAAUGACAUUUAAUAAUUUGAAAUUUAAAGAGUUUAAUUUUAAAUCGGUAGUUUCUUUCUAAGCUAAAGUUUUAUGUAUUUUUAAAAACUAAGAAUUUUCCAAUUCAAUGUUCGAGUUAAAAUCGAAAUGUAUGCCAAAAAAUAGAUAAUUCUUCGAAGAUGUCGCAAUAAAUCUGAACGAAAUUAUAUAUAUUUCAUUGCGUUUUAAUUAAGAAUAAUUUUUAUUCCAAGUACAAAGAGUUUCAACGGAACUCAUAAUUAGAAAACUAUUAACCAAUUAACUAUAAUGUAUUGGAAUUCGUGGUUCACGGAGCUAUUGCUAUAAGAUCUUUGACUUUGAAACAAUACUUUAAAAUAUUGACCCGUUUGGUUCAGCGGCGCUCAACUCAUUAAUUUUAGGCCUACUCGACAGCUGUGUCAUCCUCGAAAUGUCAAAAAUACUUUGAGUCAUUACUAUGUAUAUAUCAAAAUUAAGACAAAUUGCAAGUCAGGAAUUACAAGUGUAUCAUAUAGAACAGUAAAUGUCCCACAGCAGCGAAUAGUCAGAAAUUUGUUUUUUUUUUUUUUUGUAGGUACUGUGAUCUAUUAAAACGCAGUCAACGCAGCAGAUCCAUAAUAAUGUCGUUGUAAACCUCACGAAUCCAACUGAACACAGGUUUGAAUACCCCUUGCUUAAUCUAUAACAUAGAAAAAAUGAUAUUUCUAAAGCUAUUGAUAAUGUUCAACGAUUUUUGGGACGGUGGAGCGGUUACUUAUUGCCGACUUUAAACAAACAUAGACUCUGAAUCUAUAUAAGUGAACACUCAAGCCACUCACCAUUCAGUUCAUCAUCGGUUGGAAAUACAAAAACGGCUUGUUUUCAUAUCUGUUGUAUUAAAAAAGAUUUUUGUACAAUUUCAUCAAUCUCAUGAAGCAAUUUAUAUUAUACAAACUAGGGUCCUUAAAAUUAUUCGAAUAACCCGAAAACCGAUUAUUCGAAUAUCCGGUUUGUAACCGUUCGUAUUAAUAUUAACCGAUUAAUACUAUUCGAAUAGACGACUAUCGUAUAUUUUCUUCUAUGGGAAGAGUCGUUCUAAUACAAUUAUGAUACGUUUAUUCGAAUAGUUGCUCUGCUGCGAGUAUUUGUAUAAAUGAAAAUUAUUUGAAAUCGAAGCAGAAUUUUUAUUUUUGUUUAUAAUAUAUAAAAAUAGAAAUUUAAUGAACUUGCCCUUUUCGAAUAGUCGACAACGAACGGUUAACCGGAUAGUCGCAAAUGAGCUUUUCAUCAAAUAGUCGACAACUCACGACUAUCCGGAUACUACAAACCGAAUAUUAUUAUUCGAAUAAUGCCCUAUCCGGUUAGUCUAUUAGUCGAAUACCAAGAGAUCUAAUACAAACGUGACUAUCACAUGUCCCAAACUCUUAUUCCACCUGUAGAGGCAUUGCUUAUCGCCAGCAAUUACCACUUCAAAUUAUUUAAUUAGUUAAAAACAAUAAAGUAAUUGACUUUUUGAGUAUUUUCAAUUUUGCAAAUAAAACUUAUUGAUCGAGGUAUUAUAAACAUGGGGAUCCCCAGCCGGUACUUAAAUUUAAGAAAUCUUUACGAUCAACUGGGUUGCGUUCCAAUAUUGAGUGUUCUCAAUCUGUUUCAUUAUUUUUCAAUCUGUAAUUUUAUCGUAAUCUGGUUGGCAGGUAACAAUAGCACUUUGGUGAUCUUUUGAAGAUAUUUGUCGAAAUUGUUCAUGAUAACCUCGGCGUAAGGUGGAACG